AUGACACUCACGAACUUCUCGCCGUCAGAGUUUUACCUUCUCUGGCCAGACAUUCGCCAGCACAUCUUCAGGCACUGGAAUGUGCGAUCCGGCCGCAAGUGUGCAGUGUCCGCUCGAGGCCUAUUGCUCAUGAUGCUUGCAUCACUCAAGCACUGCGGUACCUGGGAUAUCGUUGCUCAAACAUUUCGCACAACUGUGGCAACGUUCGAAAAGCGCGUCAUGAGCUUCAUAGAGGUCAUGCGUCCCUACCUUCUGCGCAAGUAUGUUCAUGGCAUGGCAUCCAAGUGGUCGAUGCAUGAGCUUGCCGCCAACGGAACAAGGUUCGAGCACUACCCAUAUGCACGCUACGCCACCGAUGUUACCUUCCAGAAGACAAACGUACCUGUCGGUUCGUACGCCGAAAAGAAGCUGUACUCCAGCGGCAAGCGUCAUCUCUACGGACACAAAGUUGAGGUGUCAGUCCUUCCAAAUGGCUUUGGGAUCAAUUGCACUUCGUACCACAAGGGAAGUGUCUCGGACAAGGCGAUCUUUGACGACAAACUCAACUUUCACCGCACCAACCUCACCAAGCACCCAAGCGAAAUGGAGAUGACGGGCACUGACGGUCGUGUCGAGCAAUGGGCAGUGCUGGCGGACAAAGGCUACCAAGGAAUUCAGCAUGAAGUUCGCGCUGUACUGCCAACAAAGAAGCCAUCGGGUGGUUUUCUCACCUUUGACCAACAGUGCACUAACGACCGCAUUGCGACCGACCGCUUCGUCACCUACGUGGCAAUCACCAAUGUGCACAAUCGAUUCAAUCCACUUCGCGCUGAGGAUGGCGAUGCGAAUACCCAGUACGUGAAUCGCUUGAACACGAUUGGUUUGAAGAAGAUCAAGGAUAAGAAGAAGGCGCAACAAAAGUACCGCGAGAAGCGCAAGACGAGGUUGACUUUGUUUCUUGCGUCGGAAUCGGCUAUCAAUGGGAAUGCAUGUGACAGCGAAACGGAAAUUGGAUCUGACAGCGAGAAUGAUGGAGGCACAUCCCAACUAUUCUAA